UUAUGGACGCAGACGAGCAAACUGCCAAUCGGUCCGUGCCGCCGAUAAGGCAGACCUGCGCAACACAAGUAUACCGACACACAGAGGCAGCGAAUCACAUGGUGUCUCGUGAUGAGUCAAUUCGGAUCCCCACUCACCGUCGGACGCCGCUAGGCAAUGCUAACACGGUGAUCCGAGCCAGGCAGCAGGAGGCCGCAUCCACUCCGCUGCUGUUGCCGGACCAGCGGAGAGAAUGUGACUCACGAGGGGAUGGGUAGGAAUCCGAUGAAUCAAGGACGGCGGCUGCACGAUGAGCAAUGAGUGGGUGCUCCACCUGAAUAAGGCGGAGCAUUUCUCCAUUCCCGUCAUUCGUGAGAGCUUUGAAGAUAGGGUUUGACAAGAUCGCG